GUUGCAUGUAUUAUUAUUUAGGGUAUAGCUCUCUUUACACAGAUUUUUCACGCAGGCAUUGGCCAUAAAAUCAAUAUAAUAUAUGGAUCGGCUAUCAUAAUCUAAAGACGAACUGAACCCAUACAAACAACGAGAGAAACCUGACAAGGAAAUGCAAGGCGAGCAGUAUUUCGAAACAUUUGAUGUUUUCAACAGAAAUGAAGAUAAAGAGGAAAUCAAAAAUCAAUAUAUCGAGAAUACUAAUGUAACAAUAGGGUUCAUCAUCUGACCAUGAGAAAAACAGCAAUCAUCCACAAUCUAACGUUCCGCGAUUCAUUUGUUUUAAUCGCGUCGCCGGUUCUGCUCAGCGUCUCGGAAAACGGCUCGCGCAACAUCGAAAGUGAUGAAAAAUCGAUAAGCGUGUAAACUCUUUUCUUUUAACGGAUGAGAACGUAUCCAAACACAUCCCCCUCCUCCCCGCUCCCGGCUGCGCCGCGGGGAGCUCGAUUGAACACGGAAACUCCAUCCCGCGUUUUCUGCCUUUUAUUUAGGAUGCCACCUCGGUCUCAAUAAUUGUUUUCAGUAGCCCUAUUCAAUAUCACAGGUUGGCGUUGGUUCGAUAACUCCAUUCCGCGCGCGCUCGGGGCCUUCGAUCCGCUCCGCUCCGUGUUUUGCGCGCGCUCCCCCGCCUCUCUCUCUCGCGCUGAACUCCAGCCCCUCUCGCGCUCUCUCUAUCAGCCUUUCAUUCCGUCUCAAUAUGUCUCAAGAUGGCGGCCAAUGCGGGAUCGAUGUUUCAAUAUUGGAAACGCUUUGAUUUGCAGCAGCUCCAGAAAGAACUGGAUGCAACCGCCACAGCUCUGGCCAACAGACAGGAUGAAAGCGAGCAGUCCAGGAAAAAACUCAUCGACCAAAGCCGCGACUUCAAGAAGAAUACUCCAGAGGAUUUGCGUAAACAGAUAGCUCCAUUGCUGAAGGGCUUCCAAGCAGAGAUUGACGCCUUGAGUAAAAGAAGUAAAGAAUCGGAGGCUGCUUUCCUCAGCGUGUACAAGAGAUUAAUCGAUGUCCCAGAUCCCGUCUCAGCUCUGGAGGCAGCGCAGCAGCUUCAGGUGACCGUCCGGAAGAUGCACGACUUGGAGACAGAAAAUCAGAGGCUCAAAGACACACUACAAGAGUACGAACGUGAUAUCGCAGAGGUUAAAAACCAAGAAGUCACUAUUAAAGCACUUAAGGAGAAGCUGGAGCAGUAUGAACGUUCUCUGCAGGCCAAGAACACAGAGGAACCUGCCGGUGAGAAGCAGGGCCGAACAGUGGGGGAAGAUGGAGGAGAGAGAAACAGCAAAGGGGAAAACCUUCCUAACAACUAUGCAGACAAGGAGAGUCACCCACAGGAGAUUCAGGACAGCAGGACGGACGACUUGGAUCUAAAAACACAGUCCGUACAAACAGCACUUGAAGCAACUCAGGCAGAACUCCACCAACUGAAGACGAAAUACGAUGAAGAAUCUGCAGCAAAGGCCAACGAGAUUGAAGCGGUGAUGACAGAUUUGGAAAGAGCCAAUCAGAGAGCUGAGGCGGCAGAGAAAGAGGCCGUGACCCUGAGGGAGCAGCUCUCUUCAGCUUCUGCAAACACACUGCAACCAACCAAUCAGAUCCAGGAAGCCCCGGAUAUGCACAAGUCUCUGGAGCAGUUAUCUUGCAGCAAUCUGGAGGCAGAGCUGGGUGCGAAGGAGAGGGAGGUGGAGCGUUUGGCCGAAGACGUCCAGAGACUGCAGACCAGUCUCGCCCAGCUCAGCGAGACCUCGGCCAAUCAGAUCAGCCAGCUCGGGCAGCAGCUGUGCUCCAAAGAGGCCCUGCUAAAGCAACUGGAAGAAAAGCUUCAAGACCAGUCAGACUAUGAGGAGAUCAAACGAGAACUUGGCACCCUUAAAUCAAUGGAGCACAACUCAUCAGAACAUUCUUCAGCGCAGGACUCUUUCAAGCCGUUGGAGAUGUUGCUGAUGGGGAAGGAUCACAGUCAGCUGUCAGACAGCACUUUGAAAAGACUGACCAACAGUGACUGUGGAACCGUGGGUCGAAAAAGUAAAGAAACUACAGUGGAAAACCCUCAGCGUCUUCCUGCCACUCCGGUCCCCACUACGCUCCAGGGGUCUCCUCCUCCCCCCUCCCCUCAGCUGUUGAUGAGGACAGGCACCGCUACCUCCGAAUCUGCUGCCAGUGCCAACGGUACUCACCCUUUCUCCCCUACGGGCAUUGGGCCGGACUUCUUCACCCCCGGAAUGGCGAGCGUGGGUGCCACGUUCCCCCCGCUGGCCGGCAAAAUGGCCCUCAACUCCCUUCUUCAGAGGCAGCUCAUGCAAACCAUCUACAGCAAAGCCCUCCAGGACCCCACUCCGAGCUCCGUGCUCUUCGGACCGCCCCAUUACGCUACGACCAAUUCUCUCUCCAGCCCCCUACCCCCCCAGUCGGCGGGCAGCCCGGAAGUGAACGGCAUGGCGCCCUCCCCAAGCCAGUCGGAAGGCACGGGCAGCGUGUCGGAAGGGGAGGAAAUGGACACGGCGGAGAUAGCGCGACAGGUCAAGGAGCAGCUGAUCAAACAUAACAUCGGCCAGCGCGUGUUCGGCCAUUACGUGUUGGGUCUCUCCCAAGGUUCGGUUAGCGAGAUUCUAGCCCGACCCAAACCCUGGAGCAAGCUGACCAUUCGUGGCAAAGAGCCCUUUCACAAGAUGAAGCACUUCCUGUCGGAUGAGCAGAACAUCCUGGCGCUGAGGAGCAUCCAGGGCAGGCAAAGAGAGAACCCAGGCCAGAACCUGAACAGAGUGUUUCAGGACGUUCCGAAGCGAAGAACCGGCUUGGAAGGCUCCACGCGGCCAGGUAACAUCACCACACGGAUCCGCACGCCUGAGACCGGCUCAGACGAAGCUAUAAAGUCCAUCUUGGAGCAGGCUAAAAGAGAGUUGCAGGUGCAGAAAGCAGACGGCGUGGGGGAGAGGCAACGGCGAUCAGGUUACCACAGAGGCUCGGGCAGCUAUUUCCAAAUAUAUGCACACAGUCUAAGACUUGUCGAAAGUUCUCAGCCUCCGUCCUCCUCCAGCAACUCGGAUGACAACAUUCGUUCCAUCUUGGAGCAGGCUCGGAGAGAGAUGGAGGCCCAGCAGGCGGCUCUCGAGCCGGUGUUGAAGGCCAGCUCUAUGGUCCCAACUGAUCUCUCACUCCUGGGCUCCAAGCUCCUGGGGUCCCCUCUCUCCACCCUACCCUACACCAUCCCAAUAGCUCAAUCUUUGAAGAAACCCUCUAACUCCCCUCUCCUGGACUUCCACACCGGGGUAAAGAAAGAGAUGGGUGAGAUGGCCGUGUCGGAUUUGGGCAUGGAUGGGGUUCCCAAGCUCGGACGAGUUUCUGAGAGUGUCGGUGGGGGGUCCUGGCGGGAACACUGGUGGAGUACUGGCCUCUCCAAGCAUCGUGGAACUGGGCAACCCUCUUAUAGCGAAGACUCCCACAAUGAAGAAGACAGCAAGGAGAAGCUUCCUCGGCUGGGCAGCACUGCGCCAGUGGCUCCCGCCUCAUCUCUGGAUUACUGGAAGGACUGGCCCAGCUCCGAGUCCCCUUACUCCCAGAGCUCCGAACUCAGUCUGCAGAUGCCCAGCGGCAGCGAGACCCCUCAAAGCAGCCCACUGCCAUCAUCCUCGCCCUUACUGUCCCUCCCCAAAGUCGCAAAACCCGUGGUGCCUCCGCUCACUCCCGAACAGUACGAGUACUACAUGUACCAAGAAGUGGACACUGUGGAUCUCACCCAGCAGAUCAAAGACAAGCUGGCGAAGAACGGCAUCUGCCAGCGGAUCUUCGGAGAGAAGGUGUUGGGUCUCUCUCAGGGGAGUGUGAGCGACAUGCUCUCUCGGCCAAAGCACUGGAGCAAACUCACGCAGAAAGGAAGAGAGCCCUUUAUACGUAUGCAGUUAUGGCUGAAUGGAGAGCUGGGCCAGGCGCUGAUGCCCAUGCCCGGACAGACACAAGAGAUUACUCCGAAGACCUCAGCCAGCUGCAGUCCUGCCCCAGAAUCCCCUCUAAGUUCGGCCGAGGAGUCGGUUAAAAGCCAGCAGGAGGAACAGAUGUGCCGUUCAUCUAUCCAAGAACCCAGCGAUGCGUCCGAGUCUCAGUCCAGCAUACUUUUACCGUUACCUCCGCCGGGACACUCGGGUCUCAGCAUACAGGAAAUGGUGGCCAUGUCGCCCGAAUUGGACACGUACGCCAUCACCAAGAAGGUCAAAGAAGUUCUCACAGAUAACAACCUGGGUCAGCGUCUUUUCGGCGAGAGCAUCUUGGGUUUGACACAGGGCUCCGUGUCUGAUCUGCUGGCUCGACCCAAACCCUGGCACAAGCUCAGCCUGAAGGGUCGAGAGCCGUUUGUUCGCAUGCAGCUCUGGUUGGGCGACCCGCGGAACGUGGAGAAACUCAUGGAUAUGAAAAGGAUGGAAAAGAAAGCUUACAUGAAGAGGCGCCACAGUUCCAUCGGUGAGAGUCAUUCGCUGGAUGCGGGUGGUCUGUCAGGAAGUGACCUCACUCAGGGGGCCAGUCCACAGCACCUGUCGCAGCAGCACCAGCACCAGCAUCAGCAGCAGCAGCAGCAGCAGCCCCAUCUGAAGAAACCCCGUGUAGUUUUGGCUCCAGAAGAGAAGGAAGCUCUGAAGAGAGCCUACCAGCAGAAGCCUUACCCCUCUCCUAAAACCAUCGAGGAGUUAGCGAGCCAGCUCAACCUCAAAACCAGCACCGUCAUCAACUGGUUCCACAACUACAGAUCUCGUAUCCGACGAGAACUUUUUAUCGAAGAGAUCCAGGCUGCGGCUGGCGAAGGCGGGUCCCCCUCAGCGCGGCCCGGCAUGAAGUCUGGCGGCGAGGGAGAGAAUAGCUGCGACGGCACAGAGUCCGACAGCACCGCGGAGGGUCGACCCGGGGGAUCAUCCGGGUCGGAGGAACGCAAGGGCCUCAUGGAGAGUCCCGGCCUCAGCCACCGAGAUGAAGACGGAGAGGGAGAGUUCCCAAGCGCCUCGGGCACCAGCAGGCCGAGAGGCGGCCUCAUAGACAGCCUGUUCGGCAUUCCUGAUUCGUCAUCCGUGACAUCCGCCUCCGUGAAGUCCGCCUCCGCGGUCCCUCUCCGAAAUCCAAAGGACAGCAGCCUACGCAAGAAAAAAGCAGCCAAUCUCAACAACAUCAUCCACCGGCUGGAGAAAGCGGCGAACCGCGAUGAGCCUCACGAAUGGGAGUUCUGAAAGGCUUCGUGAUGUUUUUCCUCUCACUAUGUCCCUCACUGGCCGAGCCUGGUGCACACAUUUCACCGGUGAACCCGAGGGUUUUAUAUUUACUGUAUGGGCUCUCAAGGACAAGACAAGAACCGAAAAAAGGAAACGCGUUUUAAUCUGUUUGUUUUGUUUUUGUGAAGCACUUAUGGUCCUGCUGGCCACAGGGCUGUGACACCAUUGGCUAAUGGUGAAGAACAGACACAAAACUGAAAAGCACAGGAGAGGGAGCUUUCUCACAAAAUCUUCUCAAGACUGGCGACAGUCGUAAAAAAAAUACACACUAUAUCACGUCGCCUCUUUGUCUCAUAGAGGCGUCCUCACCAACAAGUUGAAAAACUGUUACAAUAAUUUAUCAGUUCUCAAGACUUUUGGGAGUUUCCUCUUUUGUAUCACGUAAACUUCGGCCGUCAGCAGAGACUAGUUUUAAGCGGUGACAAACCAAAAGUCAAGCAUUUUAAAAGCAAGUGUUGGCUAGAAGGAACUCGGGGGCACCGCCCCACCCGCCUCUCCCUUCCUACCCAUGAGGAGGCCAUCCAAUGGCUAUGCAACUCUAGUACGUGAUGGAUUCCAUUGUAAUGGAACCAGCAUUAUUUUCACAGUUCGGAAAAAAAACUUCUCUAAGGAGAGAAGAAAAUCCUUUUUAUAGCAAUUAAGUUGCCACCAAGAGAUUGCACAGUCGAUUGACUCUAAACAGCACUCCUUUUAAUUUUACAACACACCUUUUGGUGAGCCUAAAAGGAAAAAAUAAUGCUACAAAAAACACGUUAAAAACAAACAAUAUUUAUCUAGAAUCCUGAUUAAGAAUCCACACGAAAUUCAUUUUAGCGUAACGUCGACAAAGCGGUCCUGAUGGGAGGGUGGAGGAAUUUCGUAAUAGCUAACGUAAAAGAUAGCUCAGUGUCAAUUUUUAUCGUUAUUUAGGUCUCUUUUAAGGGUAGCGUUUGUUUAUUUUUCCAUAGCUUUAAUCUCCUCCUCGGCUUACGUUUUUAAGCUGGCGAGAGGUCUUGUUUAAUAAACGUCAUUUUAGGCCAAAACAAAGACAGAAAUAGUGAACAAAGGAUUUGUACAGUACUUUGAGUAAAUAUUCCUGACGAGAUAUUUUUUAAAGAGAAUGAGCAAGCCGGAUUUUUAUCCUCUUAUAAUAGAACCGUACAUCAGAGACCUCUAACCAAGUUGGGUGGUUUGGCCCAUAGAAUUACAAUUCUUAUCCAGUGUCUCACUUUAAUUCUGUGGUGUGGCCGUGGGCCACUGCACUGUAUGGGUUGGUCCUCAGCGCCAGGGUACAGGACGCCGAGCGUGCAGGGAAAGCCAACCUACCGCUCGCUCUAGUACAAACUCUAAACUUCAGGUUUUUCACCAGCUUCUUCAUUCACCCUUCACCCGCCGAAGCUUUCGCCCUGAGACGAAACCAAGUGUGUUCACGAUAUGCAUUUACCCUCCAAACGACUGGAAAAGCGCGACCAAUUUCACGUCAAACCUUGAGCGAAAUGGACACGUUUUGUUUGUUUUCUUUACACACGACGAGAACUCUGAGACUUUUCCAUUCUUGUUAUUGUUUAACACGCAAAAGAAAAAAUGAGAUGCGUGAAUUAAGUCGAAAAGCUUGAACGUUAACUAGAGGUUGAAUCGGAAGUGUUGCCAAACGCACGUAGACCUGCCAUCUCGCCACCAGGAGGCGCAGCGAAGACUCAGCAAUCUACGAUUUUGGAGAUUUGCUCGCUCUUGUGUGCGUUCACAUGCAGUUAGUUUUCUGUAAGAUGGUGGUGCCACGCGCGCGUCUGUGUACAAAUCAGAGUGUGGGGGUGUUUGUUUGUGUGCGUGUGUGUGUGCGUGUGUGUGUGUGACUAGAGCGAUCUAUAUUUGUAUAUUACUACUACUCGCCACAGGAUGUGGAAACAAACACCUCCUCACGUCCCUAAGCUAUUUAGCAGUCCUACAGCAUAUCACAUUUAAUUUCUUUUUAUUUACACACGUAAGAAAAAACUAAUGGUAGAUUCUCUUUUGUUUGUUUUUGUUCAUUUGUUUGGUGUGGUUUGCUUAUUUAUAGAUGCUGUCUUUUACAUAUUGAUGUCUUAUAUUGUUAUACGUGCUCUUUUUUUUUGUAAUGGAAGGGACUAUAAAAGGUCAGGUUACAUAUUUUUAGACAAAUAGACUGCCGGCAGUAUUGGAUUACAUUUAAAUGAUGUACUUUUGAUACAUGUCUAUUGAUUAAUUCUGAAGAUUAUCAUUUUGAUUUGUGUAUUCGUAUAUUUUACUCAACUGUCAUUGAGCUGGAUGAACACAGUUACUACGUUGACGAAGAAAGCAGAACUAUAUGUAUCGCAUUAAUGAUUUAAGUAGUACGCUUUUAGAUGUUUUAAUACAAGAAGACUUUAAAGAUGACAAUUCAAGAUGAAUUGCGUUUGGCUGUAUUCACUCGUAAUUGAUGCUCUUGAAUUUGGUUUUCAGGUAUAACCUGCAAACGCUCUGAGAUUACGUUUAUUAUCGCAAUCAAGCUUAGUCGCUACAAUGAGCCAGUGAACAACUGGUAGUUGACGUCACUGAAAAUAGCUGUCGCUCUGAGCUGCACCUUUGAGAAAUCUGACAUUUUUUUAGUAGGAAUGAAAUUCACUUGAUGUUUGAUGAACUUUACGCCGGUGAAUUUCGGAAAACGACGGCUUAAAACUACCUUUGGCCUUCUUUGUGUGUGCCAAUGAAAGAUUAAAUCAAAUUUGUCUCUUUUAGACCUAAAAAAAGCACAGAGUUACACGAACCAAUGUUUUUAAUGAAACAUACGAAAGCCGUGACUGUUUCUCAAACUUUCUCCACGUCUAACAUUGGAGUGCCUUCAAUGAAAACUCUUUGCGUCUUUUUCAUUCCAAAUAAGUAUUGUACGCAGAUUGGAAAUAUCACGUGUCAGAUCAUACCACAUUUUUGCAAUUUAGCCAGCAAGUUGAUAAUAAGGUCUCAUCUAGUCUCAGGUCAUAAUAUUCUGUACUUUUAUGGUGUGUGUGUGUGUGUAUUGUUUUAUCUAAGAGAAAACAGCUGUCCCAGGAUUCAGGCUUGGUUCUAAAAACCAACGUUUUUACAGUGGGAAUUUUGAUUGGUUAAAUUGUAAAAUAUUGCCACGUUUAUUCGUCCCGAAUCAUUUCUUUUUAACCCUUUCUAGGCAUUCUGUAUAUCAUUUCGUAUUUAAACAGCAAGUUCCCCGCUAGAGAGGUGGGUUUAGCAUGUGGAAGUAUUGAAUUGAUUUGUACACUGAAGUGUGGACCAAAUUGUCACAACAGACUUUUAAAGUCUCUUUUCUGAUCAUAACCAUGUGAUUUUAAUUGAACACAGAAAAGAAAAGAAAAAAGUUAAAGGAGCACAUUUAAAUCUGGUCUAUAUUAAGGCUGCUUUUUACAUCCGUCACAUUGAUUUGUUGUUUGGAAACGUUUUCACUGAAACGUGACGUUAUUGUUGAUAUCAUGGCAUGAAACACUUAGAAAUAACACGAGUUUCCGAAAACGAUUCUCAAUUCAGAUGUCCAGCACUUUUCUCUGCUUCUUUUUGCAAAUAUUUUUCUAUGGAAAGUAUUGCAGAUAACUAAACACAUCGACUUGCAACUGCACAGACAGCACGUUUAUAUGAUUUCUAAGAAAAAAACGAAAACAAACAAACAAAAAAAGAUCAUCCUUAUCGAUAUUACAUUGGUAGUCACAAGUAGCAUUAAUGUAGAUAUUCGUCCGUAGCUUAGUUCGGUAGUGAUGUCAUAAUUGUUACCUCGUUUAUUCCCGCACACUUACAUCACUUCCUGAGACAGUAUGUUCUUUCUUCACCUGAGACGGUAUGUUCUGAACAGCUACAGUUUGUUUCAUUGUAUCCCAGAUGGACAUUUCUUUUCAAACGUGUGUAAAAUGUGUUACAUUUGAGGCUAGCACGAUACAUCUGUUCAGUGGUUCUCAGCAGGAGCAACACUUUUACAAAAGUUACGAUUCAUUUUGACCAAUGGGAUGUCUUGGUCUUGACAUUCAUAUAUCUCUCUGUUGUUGCUCUGAAUGCUGUGUAUGGGUAAUACGAAGCCUUGUAUCGAACACGACAGGCAGCUCCCAACAAAGCUGAUAUACAGUAGAUUCUCCUUAGGUCUCUCAAAGCUCAGGUAGAAACUUGGUUUAGCACAGCCCUUUCGUCCAUUAGUUUGUCUGUGACACUUUCCCCUCUUACACCUGCUAACAACAGUUGUAUGGUUUAUUUUUCUAUGUGUCAUGGUUUUGAACCACACGAUGGAGCUGAAACCUCCAUUAACUGAAUAAAGACUCUUCCACUUUGUUCUCUU